AAACCUAAUCUAUUAGAUUUGGAGGUUUCUCCUCUCUCUCUCUCUCUCUCUCUCUCUCUCUGUGUCUCCAGACCAAAACAAGAUCGAUCUAGUUUUUUCUCCCCUCCUUUUAAUUUUUGAUCUCUCUCCUCUCUAGUGUUUUGAAUCUUCUGGGUGACUGUUGCAGUAAGGAAAAGAUCUCGUCUCCCAUCACUUAGCACUACAAAGAACUCAAAGCCGCCAUUCACGUGCUUCCAAGCUCUGUGUCGAGGUCCAAAUGGCGUUAACUUUAAGCCAAGGAGGGGUUCUCGAGAAGAACGACUCUCCGUUUGAAGCCUUCAGCUUUGUUUCUUUUCUCUCAAGAUCUGACCCGUUGCCGCUUAAUCUCCAGGCCUCGAUCAAAAGUUAGUCGAGGUUAGAAGUUGCUUGGAUGUUGGUCAAAUAAAAAACCCAAGCUUGAGCCCUUCGAUCUCUCUCUCUCUCUCUCUCUUCGUCAAACCCUAAAAUUCCAUUCUCAGAUGCCAAGUUCUCUGGCAGUCUAGUUCCUAUCGAAUCUAUGCCUUAUCUUCUCCAAGAUUUGAAUGUUAUAAGCAUUUUAGUGAAUAUAGAGAAAUUAUUGAUUUGUGCAGGGUUCGUAGACAAAAGAAUGUGGCAUCCCUAUCAAAAUCUUGUGAGUGAUGGUACUUUUAAUCAGCUUCUGCAGCGUGGUGUUUCCUCAGACCAGCUUUACGAUACCAUUUGUAAGCAGGUGCGAGAUAUAACUUAUAUAUGGCAGACAGAUGAGCUUAGACGCCAUAAACCCACACCAGUUGAUGAAGCUAGGGUAGGUUUGAACAUUGUGGAGCAGUCCCUUUGGAAAGCUUUACCUCAUUAUUUACAUCGUGUCAGCAAUAAAGAAGCCAAUGGAUUUUGAGUUCCCAAUGGAGUUUCUUGAGGCUGGGAAUGUAUACAAGUAUGCAAAGAACUAUGUUUCUCGGCGAUCCGUAAGCUGUUGUUACCACUGCUUGACAGAUUACUUGCUUGAUAGUACUUGACAGUUUCGUCAGGAGAUCAUACAUAUAUUAGUCUUGGCUUGUCUAAAUUUUGGAGAAGAGGAGAAUCAGGAGAUCAUUGGUAUCACACUAUCAUGCCAUGAUUUAAGGCUGCCAAGAAUUGUAUUUUCUCAUUAUGUGGUUUGAUAAAAAUUAUUGAUAUUGUAAAUUAUUAUUAUUUUUUAAUUUAUAAUAUUGGUAGUCACCAUUAUUAAGAUGGAGCCACAUAUUUUAUAUUAAAAUAAUGCAAAAAUGAAGUCACCAAUAAAAUGAAUGAGAUUGCUGGUGGUGAUGGGGCCCACAGUUUUCAGU